AUGGAACCGUUCACCUAUGCGUCCCUCGCGCAGAUCCGAGUCCUUCUCUUACCCAUCGGGAACAUUCGACGUUCGACGUUUGAGACAUGGGCGCAGGAUAUCAGGAGUAUCGACAAUGUCCAGCUGGGGGACAUAACAACAGACGUCAAGGACGAGAGGUCUCGCUUUAUGCCCAAUCACCAGCUAGCGAGUGGAUAUCUGCACCUGACCUAUCCUUCUCACCCGCCGCCGGAGUCUCAUACGCCUCUGUCCCUCUUCCGAACUUCUGACUUUCCGCUCGUCGUGAUCGGCAUUGCAUCAUGCGGCGACAACGAUUCACUGGCUACAAUCCUCACCCAGUUUCAGACCUCAUUACACGAGGUAUUCCCGCACGAGUCUUUGUUCCCUCUCGCGAGCAAUUGCUUCGUCUUCGAAGAAAGCGACAGUACUACGAAUAUCAAUCUCGGAGACAGCUUUCCUGGAUUAGUCGUAAUCCCGAACGUCAUGGGCCACAAGAAGACGUACGUCGGCACACUCAUUGCUGACCUAUGUUCCAAAGUACUCGUGGAACUUGCAACAGUGAUGCAAACCUUGGAGAGUCCUCUCGGCAACGAAUACCUGAAUGCCACGCUCUUCCCGAUGUUGCCUCCCGCAUCGGAACUCCCGCGGUCACUCGACGAUGAGCCGAGACGGGACUCUAUGCCUUUGCUCCCUUCGCACAACAGCCAGCCGGAGUUAACUUCUCCUGCAUUAAGAUCGAAGAGCCCCCUUGGCCUUAAAAGGCACUCAACUAUGGGACCGAGCCUGCUUCCGAGCCGACAUGCAAGUCUGCCUAUGAGUCCCGCUCUGCCGAAGAAGCGUCCUACUACGAUCGGUGCUGCUUCGUCCCACGGUCGGCUGUUCAAGGUCCUCGCAGAUUUCUUCUUACUGGCCGGUCGACUAGAGGAGGCCACUAUCUGGUAUACCGAGGCCAUCGUGCUAUUCAAAAACCCUCAUGACGCACCAUGGCAUGCGUCUGCUUUAGAAGGCCUCGCCACCAUCCCGGUCGUAGAAGCGUGGGCUUCCACUCAUGGCGUAGUGCCGGGCGACAAGGAUCCUUGGGCGGACCUCGCGGACAAGCUCACCCAAGCUACUGCACUGUAUCAGAAGGCCAACCCCACAACCGAACCUGAGGCCUCACUUUCUCUUCUUUCGUAUCUUUAUUGCUCUUCAGUCUUCCGCCAUAGUACACUGCUCUACUCAGCUUGGUCUUCAAAGGGGUGGGGUCCUCUAGCGUUCACCGCCAUGAUCAGGCCUGGUCCAUCGCCAUUCCUCCCGGCGACACUCUCCAAUAAUGCAAGCCCGACAUCGGCGUCUAGUGCACGAAAUACCUUCGCUGCGCUCGAACGUCUCACCUCCAUCACAGGAAUCAGCCGUGCGCAAAUCGCUGCUUCGCUCACGCAAGCCCAUGGACCAUGGCUUCUGCACCUGGACGCGAGGGAGCGCGUCCGCGCUCUGCAGUACAUUGCCGCAAUGUUCGGUUCCUUGGGUUUCGUACGAAAGGAGGCGUACGUCCUUCGCGAGGUGCUCGGGUGCAUUAUGGACUUGGUCGUGUGCGGGCGGGACGAGCGAAGUGCUGGUAGCGCCCGGGUGCUCAGUGCUGGUCUGACGGCGCGGAACUCGUUGACUGGGACAGCAGCGCAGGGUACGGUAGGUAUCAGGGAGAACGAGCGGACAGAGGGCAACGACAGCAUUCUGCGUCUUGUGAAGCACGUCUGUAGAGUGCACGGCGUCGAUCUCGAGGCCGUGAAACUGUUGGACGUCAACACCCCGAAUCGCGAUAGCCAGCAGUCGCAAGUCUCUGAAGAGGCAGAGGUCGACGAAGAACUUCUGCGAUCGACACAGGAGCCCUUUGGAUGGCCCGAGUUGCAAAUAGGGAUCAUUCGCGAGGCGAUUGCGGUGGCCGAGGCGCUCCCAGACUACCCUGCGGUGGCUCAGUUCUCGUUAUCGUCUCUAAAGUUGUUGCAUCCUGUGAUGAGCCCUGGCGACCAGCACCACCUGUACAGCACUGCGUCGAGGGCACUGUUAACGGCAAAGCGGAGAGGGGAAAGACGUGCGGUUGAUUAUUGGUCAGGCAAACCUGUUGUCAGCAUCGAGAUUCUACCAUUGCCUCUUGUACGACUGCCCAUCGAGAAGCCCCUCUCCAUUCUGUCACAAUCUGUCGCGGGGACGACUGCCAUCCUCACUGGCGUGAAGGAUCCGUUUUUGUACAACCCGCGGAAGUUAAUGUCAGGACAGGCCAAGACAGUUCUCGUGCAAAACGAGCCGUUUGAGCUAGUCGUCACGCUACAGAAUCCCUACGUAUUUGAUCUCGACUUGCAAAGCCUACAGCUCAGUACAUCCGGCGUACCAUUCGUUUCAAAGGCAUCCCCUGUGGUCGUCCCUGCAAACUCGUUUCAUCCUGUAACCAUCUCAGGCCGAGCGCUAGAACCUGGAACACUCAUCGUUCGGGGAUGUAUUGUGCAAGCACCGGGCGGUGUUUCCCACGAGUUUGUCUUGCCUUUAUCGACAGACGAAGAAGAAGAGCGGCGGUCAGGACGACGCAGCGCGAUCGAGUGCGAAGCAGGUCGGUCAAAGCAUGCGGGGCUCGACUCGCGGCCGUGGGAGCGAUUGAGCAAGAGGGCAAGCACGCAGCCUGGGGCCCCUACGACGUCCACGACAACGAAGAAGGCGAUUCGAUACUUAGAAUGCAAGGUCGUGCCCGAGCAGCCGUUAUUGCGGAUCAGGCGGACAUCGCUCACGCACGGCGCGGUUAUGCUGUACAACGGCGAAAUGUCGACUAUUCGCAUUACCCUGGAGAACGUGUCAUCAUUGCCCGUCGACCUCAUCCGGUUAACAUUCGACGACUCUACGAUUGCACCUGCACAGCAGGCUCUUGCUGAUGGCGACCUCUCUGUCUUUGACACUUACGAGACCGAGUACGACCUGGUCCACCGACCUGUGUUCACCUGGGAUAGCGAGCACGAGCCGCACGAGAUUAAACCUGGUCAGAAGAGGGUGAUCACCGUUAAUUGCUUUGGAAAGGUUGGGUGCACGAGCGGCGCCAUCCACGCAGCUUACGCCUACGUGCAUAGGCCGUCAGAGGGUCUGCAGGAGCCGCCAGAGGUGUUCUACACGCGGCAGCUAUCCUAUCCGGUGCUGGUCACGGUGUACCACAUGCUGGAGUGCCAGGCGAUGGACAUAUUGUCUUACACGGGUACUACUACGACGACGUCCUCGGACGACGGCGCCGACGAAGUCACGUUAGAGGCGAAGACGCGGACGUCGUUGCUGCAUGUAGGCGAGAUCGCAGACUGGUGCAUAUUCUCCAUCGAAGUGCGGAAUACGUACGGGCUGCCCUUUGAGGUGACUUUCGAGCGCAAUCAAGAAGGCGAGUUUUCUACUCUUCCUUUACAGGGAGCCAAAUCUGACGAACAUGGCACGCUUACAGGGGUCGAGCAUGCGUCUGUAACGUCUCUGGUGCCUCCUGGCUCUACUUCGCGGAUCGUUCUGCCAGUGAAGAAGAUCUCACUAACGGAGGAGCAUGUAUCGCGUCCGAUACCCAUGCUUUCGGAUCGACAAUAUGUCGUCACGGCAUCCAACCUCACGGCAGCUCAAGAGCGCGCUCAACGCGAGUUGUUUUGGUACCGAGAAGAGCUCUUCAAGGGAGUGCGUGGACGAUGGCGCGAGACUGGUGGUACUCGCGCUGGUGACCUCUCACUCCGGCAGCAAAGAAUGACUCUCCCUAUGCUGGAAUCCCUCCGCGUAGAGACCGCACGAGUGCGGAUGACUCUGGUACAAUACGACGAAGAGGGCAAUGCGCAGAAUGUGCCAGUCGACCCGGCGGGAAGCAAGUACCUCCCUCGGCCAAAUGAGUUCGUGUACCUGAUAACAUCUAUCACGAACCUUUCUCCCUCAGAGCUCGUCCUCACUCUCAACAUGACACUGGAACCGUCUGAACACGUCGUAUACCAAGGCGAGCUCCAGGACAUACCCAUCGGCCGGCUAGCGAAGGGCGAGUCCUACGAGGUCGAAACGCCAGUGGCGUUCGUCGCCUGCGGACGGUUCGACUUCUCUGCGGAGGUGCGCGCGCUCGAGCGGCCGCGGGGGUCGAAUCUCGUCGGGUACGGCAAGAUGUGCAUAGCAGUCAGCGAGCCAUAG